AAUUUCGGGCUCAUCGACACCGGCUGAAGGCUAUCAGUCGCCGCCCGCAAGCCAUGCUAUAGGAUCAUCAGUAAAUGAUGAAACUGGUCGUCACACGCCACCUGUUAUGUCGUCGUCGACCCGUCAUUCUGCGCAGCGAUGGGACCAUAUAGAGAAUUUGGACAGGUUCUUCACACUAGUCUACGAAUAUCAUCAAGGUGGCGGAUUCUUGACGAUAGCUGUCAAAAAACUUUUCAGUUUGGUGCAGUUUGUGUUUGUCGUGUUCACCUCGGCAUUAACGGAGAUAUUUGCUAAGAAUGUCGCAUUUAUUGCUGGAGCCAUUGCCGGCGUUUUGGCCAUUCUUUCGGCUUGGGACGAGGACGUACUACA